AUGUCUUCGUCACCCUUCCGUAACCGGCACCGGGACUCCUCCCCUGCCGGUGCGCCAGGGAGGAAAAGGUCACAGUUCACCUACCGGCACUUCAACCAGAUGGCUUCUUACAAUACUUCCUGCCCGUUGAGGGUGGUUGCCCAUUUGGAUCUGGACUGCUUCUACGCACAGGUGGAGAUGGUACGGCUCGGCAUCCCCGAGGACAAACCUUUGGCCGUUCAACAAUGGGAAAGGCAAGGUUUAAUAGCAGUCAACUACCCCGCCCGCGCCUUUAAGAUCGGCCGGCAUUGUACGGUGACUGAAGCGAGGAGGUUGUGUCCGGAGCUUAUAGCGCAGCACGUUGCUACUUGGCGGGAGGGGGAUGACAAGUGGGCUUAUCGGGAGGACGCGGCCGAGCAUAUUGCUACGGAUAAGGUGUCGCUGGAUCCGUAUCGGUUGGAGAGCAGGAGGAUCAUGAGGGUCAUCAAGGAGCAUUUGCCCGGGGGAGGGUUGCAAAAGGUUGAGAAGGCGAGUAUUGAUGAGGUGUUUUUGGAUUUGACGGCGCAUGUCCAUCAGGUUAUGCUUGAAAGGUAUGGGGAGGAGCUGGGAGGUCCGCCGCCGUAUGGGGAUGUGAGUGAGGAGUUGCCGAUGCCCGCGGUUACGGCGCUGGAUUGGAAGGCGGAUGCUCUGGUCGACCUGGGGGAGGGGGACAGACAGGAGGGGGAAUUCGAUGAUCCGGACUGGGACGACGUGGCACUGCUUGUGGCAAGCGAGAUUGUGAGGAAUGUGAGGGGGGUGAUUAGGGAGAAGUUGGGGUAUUCUUGCUCCGCGGGCGUGUCGAGGAACAAGCUCCUAAGCAAGUUGGGGUCGGCGCACAAGAAACCGGAUCAGCAGACGGUGAUUCGAAACAGGGCGGUUGGGCACUUCUUGAGUGGGUUCAAGUUUACAAAGAUCAGGAACUUGGGCGGGAAGUUGGGGGAGCAGGUUGCUGACGCGUUCAAGACGGAGGCUGUGUCGGAUUUGUUGACGGUUCCGAUUGAGCAGCUGAAGCAGAAGCUGGGAGAUGAGAACGGGGUGUGGAUUUACGAGACGCUGAGGGGGAUCGAUACGAGUGAGGUCAACUCGGGCACUCAGAUCAAGUCAAUGCUGUCGGCCAAGUCAUUUCGUCCCGACAUUACGACUGUGGAACAGGCUACGAAGUGGUUGCGUAUCUUUGCGGCGGAUAUUUUUGCUCGCCUGGUUGAGGAAGGGGUGCUGGAGCACAAGAGGAGGCCAAGGACUAUCAAUUUACACCACCGUCACGGGAACCAGACCCGGUCUCGAUCGGGACCCAUACCGGCGCGGCUUCUGAAUGAGGAAAGCCUGUUCGAGUUGGCCAAGAACCUGUUUCACCAAAUCACGCUGGAGGGUGAUACCUGGCCGUGUUCCAACCUGAGCCUGAGCGUUGCCGGCUUCGAGGAGGGGGUCUCUGGCAAUAUGGGCAUCGACUCGUUUCUCGUCAAAGGUGACGAGGCACGAGCGCUGAAGUCAUCGGAAUCGGCCCGCACAUCCUCGUCCAAGGAAGCACUCGACACGAGCACACGACAGCAACCUGCAGCAAAGCGACGACGUAUCGAUGGUGCCGGCGGUGGUAUUCAGCGUUUCUUGACAACGAAACGGGAGCCGUCCCAGGACACCCGGACGACGGCCCCCGAGGACGACCUCGUGAGGAGGAAUAGCGGUGAAGCAAAGUUGGGCACCUCGAAGACAUAUGUCGCAUCAGGCAUGGGAUGGCCGGGAGAGCCUUUACCAGAGGAGGCCCAAGCCGAUUCUCGACGGUCGCCAAUCACACCCCACGCUUGUUCUCGAUGCGACGCCAACCUGGGGGGUCCGGAAGAGCUCCAGAGUCACCUGGAUUGGCACUUUGCCAAAGACCUCCAGGAGGAGGAGGAAGAACGUGUCAGUCAGGCAUUCGCCAACCGACAAGCUUCGACUGCAGUGAACAACGCGCGCGCCGGCAGUCAGAAAGGGACGGCGGCAGCAUCAUCCGCAUCAGCGUCAGGGUCAAAGAAGUCCACGGGGAGGUCGAAGAAGAAGCCGGAGCGCGGUCAAAGCAAGCUAAAUUUUGGAUGAUCAUGAUGAUUUGAGCAGCUUUAUGCAUCGCCGAGGCGGCCGUGCAUUCGAUAACUACCUGCAAGACGAAGACUUACGUGGGCAAAGCCGACAACCAACAGCAUAUGGAAGGCAUACGACAGUCAGCCUAUUGGGGAAGCUGGUUCGGGAGAACGAGAAAAUGGAUGGGGGGCAAUGCACUUAUGUUUCCCGGUGGGUGGAUGGCCUUCCUGUUCGUCAUACAUCCUGGGCGGGCAAGUCAGUCAUCGGAGAGCCCCAGCAACCGACGUCGUCGGAGUGCGGCGAUUCUAGAGCCAAUCGUUGAAUCCCGUCCGAACCCAACACUCGGCAUGCAAGCGCCUCUUGCAAGGAGCGGGAAGAGGGCCGUCGCGGAUGGAUGGAAGAAGAGGGCACACCCGUGAACCCCAUCCUCACAAACCAUAUCAGAGAGCAGUUGCUUCUGCCGGCCAUCCCACACGAAAUCCUUAUCGUGACGUCGCUGGAAAAUGCACGUUCAUCCUCCGGGAAGUCGACCCGUUUGGGAACUCUACAGCACAUCCCGGACGACGAGCAUGGGCCCCUGAGGGGAUCUGUGGGAUCUCUUCCAGCUGCUGUCGUCUCCGAUGCCACCGUGCAGUUUGAAGCCACAAACAGCUCACCAAUGUCUCUCGCAGCGGAUCACAGUCUAUUUCGAGGUUUUUCACAAUCCGUCAUACAGCGUCAG